AUUCAGUCUAUAAACAUUCACGAUGAGGAUAGUUUCUUGGUCAAUUUGUAUGCCGUUCAUUCUCGGUAUUUUGUUCUACAAAGUGUCGGCUGACGAGCUCGACUCGCCAAAAGCCGUUCGAAUAAUAACCCCAGUUAAUCAUACCUUCCUUUUGGAACUGAAUGAAUUGAAACCAAUUUUAGAAAACGAUAAUAUCAAAGAUCGGCAUGUUGUUGUUGUUUCCAUCGCCGGUGCAUUCCGACAAGGGAAAAGCUUCCUGUUGAAUUUUUUCGUCAAAUACUUACAAGCUCAGUAUAAGAGUCACAAUGUGUCGGAUUGGCUAGGAGAGCAUGAAACCAAUAGCCAAGUGAAUGGGUUCAAGUUUCGUGCUGGUCAAAAAAGAGAAACGAUUGGCAUUUGGACAUGGUCCGAAGUAUUCACUCAUGAUUUUGCCAACGGUGAAAAGGUGGCAAUCAUUUUGGUUGACACACAAGGAAUCUUUGACAGUAAAAGUAGUGUACGUGAUUAUACGACCAUUUUUGCUUUGACUAUGAUGCUGUCGUCAGUGCAGUGCUACAACCUCAUGCAAAAUGUAAAAGAGGACGAUUUACAACACUUGGAACUGUUCACUGAAUAUGGACGACUGGCUCUUCAGCACACCGAUGAGAAACCAUUUCAAAAAUUAUUGUUCAUUGUGCGAGAUUGGCCAUACGCAUUCGAAACACCCUACGGUUGGGACGGUCACAAAGUGAUCGACGAUUUUCUAUCUGAAAAUGAGGAUCAAACACCGGAGAUGCGUAUGCUGAGAACACGCGUCAAGGUUAGUUUCGAGCAAAUUCAGGCAUUUUUAAUGCCUCAUCCAGGUUUCAUCGUUGCGCAUGGAAGCAAUUUCACCGGUGAUUUGCGACAAAUUUCAUCAGAUUUCAUAAAGUACGCGAAAGACUUGGUGCCAGCACUUUUCGCCCCAGAAAAUCUCAUCGUCAAAAGGAUCAAUGGGGAGAAAGUUCGAGCCCGCGAUUUGAUUCAGUACUUGGAAUCUUAUAUGAACAUUUUCAAUGGAGACACACUACCGGAAGCGAAAACGGUUCUCAGGGCCACAGCUGAAGUAAGCUAUCAAAUUCUCUAUACAGACUAUUUAAACCAUUACAUCAAUACAAUGCAAAGAUCCAUAAACGAAGUACAAUCAUAUCUCAGCGAUACAGCACUUUUGGAACUUCACAAUAAUAUCAAAAGAGAAUCCUUAGCGAAGUUUUUGGCCAAACCAAAACUCGGCGGUGAUGAUCUGGCAUCGACUUUUCAAAAUAAAAUCGAAAGCAGCACAGAGGAAAAGUUCGGUUCGUUUAAGGCAGAGAAUGAGAGGAAACGCUCAGAAUUUAUUCAAAAGGCCAAUAUCCACAACGAGAUAAGAAUUGGUGAAAUCUUCGAGGCGGCUAAGAUGAAAGUACAAAGUCAUACAGAAAAUUCGAGCUCAGAUUUAAAAAUCCCCGAUUUGAGCAACGCGUUCAAUGCAGCAAAGCAUGUUGCUUUGGAAGAGUUCGACAGAAGUAAAAUGGGAGACGGUGAUAUUUCAAAUAGUUUCCGCGGGAGAUUGGACCAAAAUUUGAAUAACUUCCAAUCAGCGCUGAUAGGUACGUUAGAAAUAUUCAAUCAACGCCAGAAUCAUUUUACAAAUUCAAUGCAAAGCUCACUUGAUCGAGUUGAAUACUUCCGUUCGGACGAAUUCGUAAAUCUUCAUCAAAGAGUUAAAAAUGAAGCAAUGUCACAGUUUUUGGAGGUCUCACACCUAGAUGGUGCAUUGAAAUACAUCAUUCAAAAUAAACUCAAUCAAAAUAUUGAUGAAAAAAUCCGAUUCUUCGAAGGAAUGAAUACGGCCAAACAUACUAAUUUUGUUACAGGAGGUGAACUUAUAAAAACCGAAGUUGUCGCAUUCCGAUGGCCUGUGGCCACUGCCAGCUGUCAAACUGGCCAAAAGAUGAUGUCUGGUGGUGGGGAUUGCAGAUCUCAGGACGGCAGAGGCUGGACAUUUUUGGCGGGAAGUCAUCCUAUCAGUGACAGCCAAUAUACAGUGAGAUGUGAUACGCCAGAGCGGCAAAAUAUCAUAGCCUCUGCAUAUGUUGUUUGUAAAUAGUUAGAUAUGUUAGUGCCACUCAUCAUCCGAUAUAUUUUCGACUGCUAACAACGGCUCAUCUCCAUUCAAAUGCCACCGUUAUAUACGUAAAAAUUAAUGUUUGUUCCAUUUUUGUGAAUAAUAAACGUUGAGAUGAGAAUAGAAGCUGCAACUUAA